UUUGAAUACAAAGAUUUUGGAACAUAUUUUGAGUUUAUUUGCGGCGUUACUUUUGAUAAUUCUAACAUCCAGUGUUACUAUCAGCAAACGGCAUUAUAUGCCAGACAUACAAAGAUAUAUUUGCUUGGUAGAUCAAGAUGUCUGCUCUCCAAAUACACAAUCAAGAUAAAGAGAAUGCUGGGGCCCGACCAAAAGGAAAUAGAUUACCUCUUGGUAGUGGUUCUAAUUUCAAUAGAAUCAAGUCAUUUCAAGGAUCUAAUACACCGGCAUUUGUAACACCACGUAAAGCCUUGGGCAAUGCCCAGAACAUUUUAAAUCAAACCCCACAUAAUUUGAAGCCUGGUGGAUUAGCUUUAAAACCUGUCAGCAAUAUUAAACCUUCUGUUAAUCUUCACAAACAAUCUGUGAAAUCAAAACGACAUGUUUCUUUUAAAAAUAAUAUUCAAGAUAAAGAAAAUGUUAACCAUAAGAAGCCAAUGAAAGUCAAGGCACCUGUUGUAAUGCAAAUAGAUAAUAACCAGAGAGUUUUAGAUAUAGAUGAAGUAGAUCAUAUGUCUAUCCCUCCAGAAAUUCAAGAUAAUCGAGUUCCUCCACCAGAAGAAAAAAUUUCCAAUUAUCUGGAGAAAAUAAUUAAGUGGCGUCCUCCAUGUUUAUUUGGUAUUCCACCUCUCAGUGAUGAUGAUGACCCAGUAGGACCAGUUUAUAGAGAAGAUGUAUUUGAUAAUUUAGAUGAUCUUACUAAACUAGACACAGAUGGUUUAGGUCAUUUAGAUGAUAAGUUGUUUGAUGAUAUACCAGAUAUACUAGAAGUUGAUAUCCCUUACAUUGACGAGACAUUACCUACCCUUGAUUUACCCUCACCUGGUUUAGACGAUUCUAUCAAUAACAUCAGCAUCCACCUGGGAGUUUUACAACUGAAUGACAGUGUUUUAAAUUAGUUCUCAUUACCAUUUCUGAGUGGUUAUUUAGUUUUUCAACCUAUAUGUUAUAACUCAUCAAUUCAUUUUCAAGUUGUGAAUGUGAUCUAUACAGUUGUGUGUUUUAAUUUGUUUUCAUAGUGUAUGCUUUCAACUUUUUUCUUCUACUACUAUUCAUUUACCUUUACUCUUUUCAAAGUUUUAUUUCUGAAAUUCAUUUGCUAUGUAUACCCUUAUGAUUGAUUGCUAUAGCUCAGCAGUCAGCAAUAUAAUAUUUAUAUACAGUGUAUUGAUUUGUGGUGAUAUUAAUUUCUUUCCUAUCAAUAAUAUAAAUAUUGCAUGAGGCUAGAGAUAUUUUAAAGAUCUAUAUAAUGCUUUAUUGAUAUGUACUAGUCACACUGUAAUAUCAGUACAUACAAAUAUAUAUAUAGAGAGUAUUGCAUCAUAUAUUGUCUAAUGACUACAAAAUAUAAGUGAUUGCAAGCAUUCUUUUGUUCUAUAUUUUAUUGCAUUGCCAAGAAGGGGAAGUUUGUUUAGUAUAUUUUUUAUGUUAUAACGCCUAAAGAGUAUUGUUUUGCCUUCUGACUAGAAUAGAAACAUUUUGCUUGCCAUGCAGUAUGAAUUCAUUUAAGAUUUAUGGCUGAAAAAUGGCUUUUAUUCUGAUUUUAAAUAAAAUAUUUUAAUCACUC